AUGGGCAAUUCACAGACAAAAGAGGCCCGCGGGUCGUCGAGCCAACACGAUCCCAGCGCGACUGCUCAGGAUGGCCGUCUAGAGUCCACAAGCAGAGACGACUACGUUCGUCCAUCCCAUCGUGUACGAGAAGCUCGCCGUGGCAGUCGUCCAGAUCUUUCCUCCUUCCUCGGCCUCGGCAACAAUGAGCCAGACGUGGCCUCCCUUGAGGCUCGUCGUGAGAGCAAAACGGAAAGAGAAGCAAGGAAACAGGAAAAGGAAAAGCAGGCUAGACUGAAGGAACGAGAGCGCAGUAUGAAAGAAGAACACGUUGAUGGUGGGUACCUGGUCACUCAAGGCGUCUACGUUGGUCAAGAAGACUUUCACAAGCCUUUGGUCAGGCAAUUGAUGAUUGAGCGCCGCCUGGCUCCUUUCUGGCGUGGACUGAACGACUUUUCAGACUCUUGGGCUGAACAUCAAAUCAUGGCUGUUGCUCGUGGUAUGCCUCUGCCUGCCCCUGAUCACGUCCCUCCAGAACUUGAGUACCAACUCAGUCCUAGGUCGGAAUCUUUCCAUUCAGACUCCGGUCGAGCCUCCCCAGCGAACGGCUCGCUACCAAGCCAAUCUUUUUUCCCUCCGCAGCCUACCAACUCGAACCUGCCUUUCCGCUCAAGAGCGAAGACCUUGGCAAGUUUAGGCUCUGCAUCGAGGAACAACUCCGAGAAAGAUUUGACACCCCGAGAGCUCAAGUAUCCCAAUGAUCCGUUUGUGAAUGGCCAACCCAUCGAAGUCUUCCUUUACAAGGACGCUAGCGAAUGUCCAAUCUGCUUUCUGUAUUAUCCUCCGUAUCUAAACACUACCAGAUGUUGCGAGCAACCUAUUUGCUCCGAAUGUUUCGUCCAAAUCAAAAGACCAGAUCCACAUCCGCCCGAGCACAAUGACCCUGACCCCAAUGCUCCACCAGUAUCAGAAGAAGAACGACAAGCGCAAGCCGAAGGGAUGCUGGUAUCGGAGGUGGCCACAUGUCCAUAUUGCAAGCAGCCGGAAUUUGGCAUCACCUAUGUACCGCCACCAUUUCGAAGGGGGUUGACUUACGGAGCUGGUAGCACUCCAUACGGCGUGACAUCGGCGAGGUCUAGCCAGACAUCGGUGGCUUCUUCCAGUCUAUCUCCAGGUCCGGGCCGAAGACGAGGCACCUCCCUUUCCGCGAAUGCACCAGAAGUGAUCACUACUGAUAAGAUCCGGCCAGACUGGGCGAGCAAGCUUCACGCUGCUCGAGCUCAUGCCGCUCGUCGGUCUGCUGCUGCUAGUGCAUUACACGCCGCCGCAUACGUCUUGAACGAUCCGAGUCAAAGAGUCGCGACUGGUCCUUUCGGCAGGAGGAACGUCCUCAGAAGGUCGACGCUGGAGAACAAUGGGCGAGCCUCUGAUGCACAUCUCAGUGCCCUAUCGUACCUCGCCGAAAGACAUGCCGCAUCUGCUGAUCGCAUGCAGGCUGGAAACAUAUUCCUUGCCCCACCACGAGGCACUUCGUCAAGAAGGUCACGCGAAGACGAGAUCGAAGACCUGAUGAUGAUGGAAGCGAUCAGGUUGAGCCUGGCAGCAGAGGAAGAUCGUAGGAAGAAAGAAGAGAAAGAGGCCAAAAAGAAAGCUAAGAAGGAGGAGAAAGAGCAAUGGAAAGCCGAAAAGGCUGCUAGAAAGAGUGGCUUAUCGUCGCCAUCAGCUGGGGCCGAGGCGAGCUCAGUACCACUGAUUCGGGAAGACAGCAACUCAUCGUCGAUUACACCUGAUGACAUUGGUAAAGGUAAAGAUGCUGAACGUAACGAAUCGUUUCUCCCUCGAAUUCAAGCUGAUGGCGAGGACUUUGUGGUGGGCGCAUAUGGCACGCCUUCAUUCUCCGGAACGAGUCAGGAGUCCCUCACAGCACCAAUGGGGAUACCUUCUGGUGUCGAGCCAUUCCGGAGGUCGCAUCUGCGGCAAAUGUCGACUGCAUCAUCGGCGUCGUCGUCUUUCCAGGAAGCAACGUCGAGCACACCGCCUAAUGUAGAACCCAUGUUCAACUUCCAAAGCUUAGCAGCCAUGAUCGAUCAGGAUGAAAAGAGUGACGGUGCAUCACACGUAGAGCAUGCCGACAGUAUCUACGAAAACGAUCCAGCCAAACUCAACGGGAUACACGGAGCGGUCACGUCCACAGGUCACGAGCAGACUGAUAGACGACCGUCCUGA